AUGCGCAUGUCCCACUCGGGAGGAUGUCCAUGCCACAACUGUCAGAGCCUCAAGCAGCUGGGCAACUCGGCUGCACGUGCAGGACUUGGCCUCAUUGGCAAGCACAAUGCCCAGGGUGGCAGGUCGUAUGCUACCCCGGUGGAUUCGGCCUUGACGAAGGAGUAUGCGUUUGAGCUCGCUGCUUCCAACGUCAGGUAUGGAGAGGGAGUUACGAACGAAGUCGGCAUGGACUUUGCAAACCUUGGCGCAAAGAAGGUCGGCGUCUUCACAGACUCCACUGUGCGCGACCUCACACCCAUGAAGCAAGCCAUCGCCGCCCUCGACACUGCCGGUGUCAAGUACGAGAUCUACGAUCGCACGCGAGUAGAGCCCACCGACGUCUCUUUCGGGGAAGCCAUCGACUUUGCGAGGAAGCAGCAAUUUGACUCGUUCCUCGCCGUUGGAGGAGGGUCGGUGAUGGAUACUGCCAAGGUGGCUAACCUCUUCACGGCUUACCCUGAUGCGGACCUGUACGAAUUCACUAAUGCGCCCAUCGGAAGGGGUACGCCGGUGGGCAAGAAGCUUUCGCCGCUGAUUGCUGUUCCGACCACAGCAGGGACUGGCUCGGAGACUACUGGUACAAGUAUCUACGAUGACACGAAGACGCAGAGCAAGACCGGAAUUGCCUCACGAGCGAUGCGACCCCUGCUGGGCAUUAUUGACCCGCUCAAUACCGAGACAUGUCCAGUCAGCGUGCAUGUCAGUGCUGGACUAGACGUCCUUUUCCACAGUCUCGAGUCGUACACCGCCAUCCCCUACACAGAGCGAUCUCCCCGUCCCUCCAACCCUCUCGCUCGACCAGCUUACCAAGGGUCCAACCCAAUCUCGGACGUCUUCUCAAUGUGGGCACUGAAGCAGACCGUCAAGUACCUGCCUAGGGUGGCCAAGGAUCCGACUGAUAUGGAAGCCAGAGGACAGAUGCUGCUUGCUGCUACUUUUGCUGGAGUAGGGUUCGGUACGGCAGGGGUGCACCUCUGCCACGGCAUCUCCUACCCCAUUUCCGGCCUCAACAAGACUCGCGCCAAGUACAAGCACGCCGGCUACCAAGUCGACCACCCCAUUGUCCCGCACGGCGUCUCCGUCGCCCUCACCGGCCCUGCCGUAUUCGAAUUCACCGCCCCCUCCUCUCCCUCGCGCCACCGCGAGAUUGCCCAGGUCUUCAUGUCCGAGGCAGGAGAGGACACGAGUGCGAUUGCCCGCAUCCCAGAUGGGGAGAUUGGACAGGUGGUGUAUGACUGUAUUGCCAAGUUCUUGGUGGGGACACUGGGUAUGCCGAGGGGACUGAAGAGUAUUGGGUACAAGGACGAUGAUAUUGCGGCUUUGGUCAAGGGGACGAUUCCGCAGAGGAGAGUUCUGGACCUCGCUCCUGGCAUCGGUGACGUGCAGGGCGCUGAUGGUGCUCAACACCUGACUCAGGUCAUCGAGAGGUCCAUGGCCUACUGA